GAGCCCAUGGCCUCCUCGGGUCCCCGGAGCGAGCGGCCACUUCCUCGCCGGUCACCACCCUCACGCAGACCAUGCACGACCUCGCUGGGCUCGGCAGGGAGACCCCAAAGAGUCAGGUAGGCAGCCUGCUCACAUGCCUAUCCCUGUCCCCGCGGCGAGCGUCUGCAUCCUCCCUGUCGUCUGAGUCCUCUGAAUCUUCGGAUGCAGGUCUCUGCAUGGAUUCUCCUAGCCCCAUGGACCCCCAGAUGGCGGAGCAGACGUUUGAACAGGCCAUCCAGGCAGCUAGCCGGCUCAUUCGAAACAAGCAGUUCACCAUCCGACGCUUCCAGUCUUUGCCGGUGAGGCUGCUGGGCCACAGCCCUGUGCUACGGAACAUCACCAAUGCCCAAGCACCUGGCAGCUGGAGGAAGAGCAGGGCUCGUGGCCAAACCGCCCACACCUCUGGGGAGGAGAAAGAGAAUGAUGGAUUUAUCUUCAAGGUGCCAUGGAAGCCCACACAUCCCAGCCAUACCCAUGCUCUGGCCGAGUGGGCCAGCCGCAGAGAAGCCUUUGCCCAGAGGCCAAGCUCCGCCCCUGACCUGAUGUGUCUCACCCCUGAGCGGAAGAUGGAAGUAGAGGAGCUGAGUCCCCUGGCCCAACGCUUCCCCCUGACCCCCACCAAGGGGACUCCUGAGGAGGAUGAUGGAUUUGUGGACAUCCUGGAGAAUGACCUAAAGGAUGAUGAUUCAGUUCCCCCAGGCAUGGAGAGCCUCAUUAGUGCCCCACUGGUCAAGACUUUGGAAAAGGAAGAAGAGCAGGACCUCAUCAUGUACAGCAAAUGCCAGCGGCUUUUCCGCUCUCCGUCCAUGCCCUGUGGAGUGAUCCGGCCCAUCCUUAAGAGGCUGGAGCGGCCCCAGGACAGGGACCUGCCCACACAGAACAAGCGAAGAAGGAGUGUGACCCCUCUGGAGGAGCAGCAGGAGGCCGAGGAACCUAAAGCCCGUGUCCUCCGCUCCAAGUCCUUGUGUCAUGACGAGAUUGAGAACAUCCUGGACAGUGACCAUCGUGAACUGAUUGGGGAUUACUCUAAGGCCUUCCUCCUACAGACUGUGGACGGGAAGCAUCAAGACCUCAAGUACAUCGCACCAGAAACGAUGGUGGCCCUGCUGACGGGCAAGUUCAGCAACAUCGUGGAGAGGUUUGUGAUCGUGGACUGCAGAUACCCCUACGAGUAUGAAGGCGGGCACAUCAAGACUGCUGUGAACCUGCCCCUGGAACAGGACGCUGAGAUGUUCCUGCUGCACAGCCCCAUCACGCCCUGCAGCCUGGACAAGAGAAUCAUCCUUAUUUUCCACUGUGAAUUCUCAUCUGAGCGUGGGCCCCGCAUGUGCCGUUUCAUCAGGGAACGAGAUCGGACCAUCAAUGACUACCCCAGCCUCUACUAUCCGGAGAUGUACAUUCUCAAAGGCGGCUACAAGGAGUUCUUCCCACAGCACCCGACCUUCUGUGAACCCCAGGACUAUCGCCCUAUGAACCACGAGGCCUUCAAGGACAAUCUGAGGACAUUCCGCCUCAAGACGCGCAGCUGGGCCGGGGAACGGAGCCGGAGGGAGCUCUGCAGCCGCCUGCAGGACAAGUGAAAGGCCAGCCACGGACUCACCUACCUUCAUUGCCUUGAGUGGCCCGGGCACCAGCCACCUAGGGGCCUAUAGGACUGAUGGUCUCCUGCAGGCCCCAGGUCCUGUCCAGGGAAAGACAGUGAGGGUGUCCUGUCUAUCUGCCCCUAGCCUUGAUCCCCUUGUCUCACUCCAACCAUACUCCAUAUCCUGGUGCCACCCCCUACCAACGCCCUAGCCCCUAGAAGAGCCUAACUUGUUGACUUAGUGAAAUUGGAUUAAGUCCAGCUCAAAGGAAGUAUUUUGUGUCCAGCAGGAGCCUUUUUGCUUUUUUCCUUCCUUAUUUUGGUUAACCCUUUGUUUUCCUGUGUCUAGAAAAGCCCCCUUUUUUCUAGGGGCUUUGUUUGUAUGUUUGAGACUGGGGGAAAGCCACAGCCCCCAAGAUGGGCCAGAGCUGCACUCCUCCCAGCCCUGGGAGUAGCACUGUGCCCUGGACCUCACUGCACUCCUGCGUGUGCCUGCGUGUUUGGCUUUCUUGUUCCCUUUUUUCUGUCCCUCCUUACAUACACCUCUAGCACAAACGUAAGCUCUUACUCUUCCUGUUUCAGUGUUACCUGUAUGCUUGAUUUGUCUGUCUGAUUUUUUUGCCCAUCUCAGGACAUUCACAGGCCAUCAGGCAGUCACCCUUAGCGAAGAAGGGAGGGGUUAGAGAUUCAAAUCUUAAUUACCUACUUGGCCUGUCUCCUGUUGCCUCGGAAAGGGAUGUUCUACUUGGGGGCACCUGGGUGAAGGCUAAGGCCUGUGUCCUUAGCCUCACUGGAAGCCCAGCCCCCACUGCUGUGAACCCUAGGGCCUGACUUGUGAGAACUUACUGCUGUCUUGUCGUGGAUGGACAAAUGGAUGAAUGAUGAAUGGAUGGAUUGCCGUAGAUGCACAAUGUCUUGCACAUACAAACCACUGAGUGGAAGCAUUUCAGUGAGCAUGACAGCCUUCAGCAGGAGGGUAUGUGUGUUUGUGUGGACAAAAUCUUUACACUUUAAGGUUUGGAAAUAUUCAAGAGAAAUGUCAUGGAAACAGCUAAACCAAGGACAGAACCACCUCUGACUUCUUAAUCUCAGGAUGUGGGAAGGGCUGUGCUUGAAGGCCUUAAUGAGUCAUCUGUUAGGGCCUUGUUUCAAUAAAGCACUGAACAAGUUGAGCAA